AUGGUAGGAAUUGCACUUCUUCCUCUGAGGGGCUUGCCUCUACCGGGUCUCUAGAGGUGUGUUCUUGCUAUGAGUCUUUAAAACGAACCCUCUUCUUUUUAAAACGAUUUCCUUGAUCAUCAUGGUCAACACUCUUCUUUGGAGGCUGCAGAACGCAUACAGAAUCUCCAAGGAUCGAAGAAGAAAACUUCUUGGUCGACCCCAAUUAUGAUCUCAUCGAAUUAAAAGGUAAAAAAAUUUUAUUUGAUAGGAAUUUAAUUUCAAUUUGGGUUAAAAAAAACUAAAAAAUUUUAGUUAAAAAAGGUUUAAUUAGAAAUUAUGGUCAUGA